AUGGACUACGAGGCCGAGAACUCACGCAGCUGGCAGCAGGCUGUCCCGGACGACACCCAGCAGCCCAGUCAGGUUCAGAGCCAAGCUGACGCUCCAAGUCGUCCCCCUCGCGCUGGUGGAAGCGUAUCUUUCGACGGCAAGGCAUUCGAGAAGAGCAGCAAUGCCUCGGCCUCCUCACGCCCACGUCGUCCUGUUAUCAAGACCGCACUCAGAGAUGAUCGCGGACCAACUGCCAAAGAAAGGAAUUUCGCUAAACUAGCUUCACUGACACCGGAAUUGCGACGCCGUCAUGAGAAGCGCUGGGCGCGUGCGGUUCAAAGCAGUCGAUUUCGGCAACCACCGCCAAUCGACCAGCCUUUCGGAUCGAUUGGCACCUUCAUUUGGCCGAGUAAUGACUACAAACCCCAGGAGGUCUUUGGCAAUCACUGUGAAGCCCUAGACUUCAUCCGUGUCGGCUGCGAGUCGUACGUAAUAUGGGUGCCCGAGAAGAAUUGCUUCCAAGUCAUGGGAGACAAUGUGCAGAACGUCACGGAUGCCCUUCUGCGACUGCGAUCUGCCUAUUUUCAAUUGACUGCGCGAUCCAUGAACGGCGUGAGGAGAUACUUCAAUCACUGGCGAUCAAGCGCCGUGCCUUCUCACAUUGCUCUUGAGCCGUACCAAAGACCACUUCCACUCAAGUCCACCUCGACAGGCGAUGAUGAGGAGCUCAUUCGUGCCCCGCGUGGGGAAGGUGCUCUCGGAGCCAGGGUCAAUGCACUGGCCGAUUCCAUGCUCAGUGUUCAGAGCGCGAAAAUGCUUCUAGCAAAUGCGCUAAAGAAGAUACAUUACUUUCGGGGCCAGCUGACACUGGGCAUCCGGCUGGGCACUUUGCUGUUGGAGCAGUAUAUGCCGCCGCAAGCUGGCCUCGACUUGUACGAGCUGGACGAGUAUGAGGCAAUGAUCAAGCAGCCACAAUUCGCUGCUCGAGUGUCUGAAGAACUUGCCAACCCAGUCGGAGCUGACGUGCUCUCCGCUGUACAAGCGGCAGACGAUCUCUUCUGUCCGCAGGAUGCGUUUCUUGAUCGCCUGGAAGAGGUUUUGCCGUCGUACGCUGCAAUCUUCACCUUCCCUGCCGAAGACAGCGACGUGCGCCUCGUGAAGUCAUGGCAGAGGAGUGACUUCGAGAGCGAGACUGAGCCUGGAGCAUUCCGAAUGGUUGCGAAUCCCGACCAAUUCCACAGAAGCGCUACGCAUCUUCUUGACGUCUCCCUCACCGACUUACACACCGGGACUGCCUGGCAAUUCGACCUAACCGCAGAACUUUCAGUCGUCCCGAGCAAGUUGCUCGAAAAGUACUCACAGUUCGCUGCCUCGGUCAGCCUACAAGCUCCCUUCAACGCAUCAGAUGAGUUCACCGUCAAAUACAACUCAGCGGGCGUUACCUUGAAAUCACUAAGAUACGAAGUACGAUAUCGUUUCAACAUCAAGGGCACGGAUUACAAUCUCGAUCUGGUGCGCUUCCAGGACCGCACAUUCUCUGGAGGUCAAACGAUUGUGUUCGAGCCAGCAUGGAAGCUCAACGUAUUUCGGCCGGAGUGGGCAGAGAACCUUUCGCGGAACAAAGAUCUUGCUGUGGGGACAAGCGCCAACUGGUCACACAACAUCGAUGAAUGGUUUUCAGGAGACAGCGGAGAAGAUGGCUUUGCACUUCUGGUUAGCAAGCUGACGGCCAUCGAGAAGGUGCUUCAAGCUGAAUGA